AUGCAGGGAAAUAAGAAAUAUACAGAAGGACAUAGUGACUCCUCAAGUAUUGGGAGUCUCCUGGAUGACGCAGACAGAGAGGUGAGCAGUCUCACAGACCGGGCUUUCAAAAGCUUGUGUGUGGCAGAACUCGAAGACUCCUACAAUGAACCAGAUCUUGCCAUUUCACCUGACUUUGCCCUCCAGUUCUCUGCUAAAUUUCACCCAGGGACAUUGAACCAUACCAUCAAGAAAAGCAACAUCUGUAAGAAGCCACCACCCAUAAACAAUGAACAUACAAUAAGGGCUUCAACAUUCCAGCAGUUACCAAAAUGUGCUCCAGAGGAGAAAAAAAUUGCUAAAAAUAACACCUUUGCUACAGAAAGGAAAAAGCUGAAUUUAUCAGUCCCUGGUCCAAGGAACAAUAAACAUGUUUCAAAAGUGUCCUCAUUAAUUAAGACAUUUGAUAAGACUGCAGACCAAGGGUCAGAAGGUUCCCUGAUAGCCCUUAAACAACCCAUUACAAACAGCUUUCAAAAAUGUAAAUUAAAUCAUGGAAAUGAUAUAGCCUGCUGGGAUGACACAGAUAUUUUAAGUGUCGAUAAGGAAGUUUCUGAAUUUUCAGAGGCUUGUCAAGAUGCCCACUGUCUCAGUGGCAAACAAGAGCCACAGGAAAGACUUAAUAACAUAGACCUGAAUUAUUGUGACUCUGAUGGUUAUUAUCCUGUGUUGAUUGAGAUGUCAAAAGUAGCCAAGUCAAAUUUUUCCCGCUCAUCUAAAAGGGAUUUAAAAACCAGAAGUGUGAAAGUUAAUGAGCCAGCAAAAAAAUGUAAUUUUCUUCAUAGUGAAAAUAGUGCUUUUGAAUCAUGGAAUGUUCAUAAAAAACUGACUGAAAAGGAGAAAUUUGUUGAUGUAAAAACAAGAAAUGAAGGUCUUGCAUACCUGGAAGAAAGACCAUUUAUUAAAGGAUCCCACAUACAAGAACAUAAAUUCAAGAUCACUGUUGCUAAGAAGAAGGAGAAAGAUUUUCAGACUGAGCCAACUCCACCAGAAGCUACUUUCAGCAUCCACCUCCCAGCUGUACACAUACCUCAGGGUCCUCUCUCUUCAGAAACUGAAUUUCCUGCGGUUCUUCCUCCCACACCCCCCCCUAGGAUCCAUGCAUAUCAGGGUCCUCCUCGGCCACCCCCUGUCCAGCAGGAACUUUCUCUUUCACCCUCCACCCAUCAGGGACAUCCUCCAACACCCCCUACUCCUGAAGCCCCUCCUGUGCCACCACCCCCAGUGCCAGCUCGGCUUUCUCCCCUUGCCAUGUCCCAAGCCUCUGCUUCACCCCAAACCGUAUCCUACGGGAUGGUUUCACCCUCACUCAUCUCACAGGCACCUGGCUCACUUCCACCAAGACCCCAGGCAAUCUUAACUAAAGAGGAGGCCCUCAGUCCCCAGCUGGGCAAUACCUGUCCACCCUGGAGAAGACAGAGGGCUACAAAAAUGGCAGCAGAAAAGAGCCAGACUUCAAAUGAGAAGUUCACAGCCAGUCAUGAGACAUUGUCUGAAAAGGCAACUGGUGCUGAAGCUGAACCGGUUGUGACUCCUCUGGCUAAACAGGUAAACUCUGGAUCCAUCGGUCCCUCUUUCAACAUCACUGAACUCUUAACUCCCAUCAUACCACCAAAACAGGAGGUAGACCUUCUGGAAAAUGAGCUGAUCCCACUGACAACUCCUCCCAUUGAAAGUGCAGCAGCAACAGACCAAGAGGGGAGCAUGUUUGGUGAUUACAGGUCUCAGGAUAGUUGCAAAUUGAGAGCAUCAAGUCUGUUGUUCAACUUGAGGGAUGUGCGCAAACGUGUUAAAAGCCUUUAUACCCCUUCUCCCUUGUUAAGGGCCUUGGAGGAGAAAAAUAAAACUAGGCAAAGUACACAGGAGAGUACAAAUACGAAUGUCUCACUCUCGACUUUACAAGAAAAUAGUUGCAAAAAUAUUGCAGAGCAGGAUGAUAUAACCUCUGUAUUGUCUGGCAGUGUUCAUGAAAAGGACAAUAAAACUGAUUUAACUGGACAGUUUACAGACAGUUACCUGACUUUGAGUUCACACCAGACAACAGCAGACCUUUUCUCUUACCAAACUGGAGACAACUUGCAGGAAGAUGAUUCAAAGCACAAAGAUCUGAUUAAAAAUACAGAGCAUAAUGAAAACUUCUCCUUGUUCAGACAUGAAUCAAAUGAAUCUGAUUUAAGGAAAUUUCUGCAGUAUCCAGGACUGAAACCAUUCAGUAAAGACAAUGCAGAUACAACAGCUGGGCAGUCCAUUCAAAAUCCCAGUGUCCAGGGUGAGGAAAACGAGAGACAGGCUGCUAAUCGGAAUGAAGAAUUUGCCUUCAAAAUGCUCCCAAACCAACUGUCACCAGCAGAGGAUGUGCCAUACAGUGACAUCCAAACUAUCCAGUUGAUAACUGGCUGUGAAGCACAAGGGAAAAGGAGCAGUAGCUCUUCAGAGCAAUCUUUUGUCUCCACAGUAGAGCAGCCACUUCAGGAGGAGCCAUUUCCACCAGUGCUCCUGCUGCAGAAGGCAUGCCUUCAAGAAAGUCAGAAGACUGAGAGUGAAGUGGGUGUCGACAGUAAAAAAAGACACAAGGAGAGAGGGAAAGAGUCUGGGGAAGAUGAACUGCAGUAUUAUGCUUGUGUCAGCUCUGGUACUGGUGCAGCAGAAAAGGACAGUGAGAUUAUUGGAAAUGAGCAGGGAAGCUUGAUGAAAGAGAAACUAAGGAGAGAGAAAAGGGAAGAGACCAACAGCAUUGAUUCUGCUUCUGGCAGUACAAGGGACAUGUCUAUCCCCAGGUCUGAGGAGCCUCAAACACCCCCCUCUUCAAGCUCAACAAAACCCAGUUUGUUUAUGAUUAAAGAUAACACAUUCAGGUCACCUCAGGUAAUAAGGGCUGUCAAGCUGCCACUGUUCAGGUCCUUUUCCCUGGAUGAUACAAUGAGCAGCAGUUAUAAGGAAAUGGAAGGUAGGUUUGUGCCCCCAGCAGUGCGCAGCAAGCAGCACCGAAAUAUGUUGCAUGCCCAAGAGUUAGGCUGGUCGGCACUGAAGGGCAGAGGGCAGCAGAAUAUGAGGGAUGAAGGAACUGACAGAGGGAAACAGACCAGUGAGCGUGAAUCUACUUCAGCAACACUGGAUCCCAGUAUUCUGGAAGAUAGAGAGAACCUUUCAUUAGGGAAGCUGACAAAGGGUGAAGAGACUCAAGCUUUGUUAAAUAAAGUUGGGAAAAUGAAUGAGGAAAGUGUCUGUGGAAGGAAAGAGAAGUCCCAGACUAGGGAGGCAAGACACAGCUUAACACAGCCAAAUUUAGGUCUGGAAAAUGACCAAGCACAAAGCAACCCCAGCUGCUCUGCAGAAAGAAAGACAAAUUACUUUAAGAAUCAUCAUUUAUCUAAUCGCAGAGGUGGCUCUUGUGCAAAAAAAAUAAUCACUAAGGAGAACAUUUCCCCUGUGACUGGCUCUGUAUCAGAGGACCACACAUCUUCUCCUGUAUCGCAUGAAGCUUUAGAGGACAACCUACAUAUGGAAGGUGCACAAGUUUUGUUAGACAGUCUUGCAUGCUCUGCUGUUGCAAGCCCCAGGUCAGGCAGCACGACACACUCUAUUGCUGCCAGUGUAUCAUCAGACAAGCCAGCAAGAGACAGAGAGGAUGUUAUAAACCCUGUCUUGCUAAAUAUGGCACUAAAGAGCCAUGCUGACAUGUCUGCAGAAGAGAUCCUUGAUUUGGCACAGAGGAAUCUUUCUUCUGCUUCUGCAGGGGCAGCUGAGAGAAUGGAGCCCAGGGGACUUGGGGACAGAGCAGCAGGCAAGCCUCCUGCUGUGCCACCAAAAACAGAAAAGGCUCUGCGGCGGGCCAAAAAGCUGGCAAGCAGGAGAAAGAAAAUGCAAGAACAGCAGAAAAUACAUCAGACUGAGCAUACGGAUGCUGUAGGGAGAAAGUCUUCUCAUGCUGGAGAGACACUAGCCUCUCCUUCAGCCUUGGGAUAUUCUCCUCUUCAUCCUGUCCCUCACUCAACUGUUACUCCCAUAGAAACCAGUACUGGAAGACCCAGUGGUGCAUCAGCAGUAAGCCCUUCACCCUCUUUAACCCAGCGUAAACUCCUCCAAGACCCUGAUUCUGGCCAAUACUAUGUAGUUGAUUUACCAGCUGAAGUUAAUUUAAAGACAUUUUAUGACCCAGAAACUGGCAAGUACGUUCAAGUAUCAGUCCCUUCCUUGGAAGGGAACUUGUACCAGCCCCCCUCUUCAGAAAUUAUGAAUUCACCCUAUGCCUCCUACCCUAGAGUGCUGCCUUUACCAGCUUCAUCUCUAGCAGUGCUGAAGUCACCUUCUCAGCUCUCUGAACCUACCUGGUUAAUGCCAGCUGCACCAGGAGAAGCAGCUGAACUACCUGAAGAUGGCCAGCAGGACUACAAAUAUGCUGAAGCUGUGGACAACCCACCCUAUAUUGAACCAGCCUCUUACCCCUCCAGUCAGGAUGCUGUAGGAACUCAAGUUCAUUUACGAAAGGACAUGAGCCCAAUCCCAAACACUGACAUCGUGUCCCUCACUGAUAUAGGUGAUUUUGCUGCUGAAGGAGUAUCCUGA